CCAGCGGGCCGCGUCGUCGUCGAGGAAGCACGCAAGUAUGGAAAUGCAACAAACAGCUCGAAUUACAACACGACCGGGCUGGAAACACAAACAGGAUUUUUAAAUCCAAACGCCGAUGAAGUAGAUCGAGCACCAGCAGGUAGAGCAAAUGCACCUGGUCCAGCGACCGUUACACCUUUCAGCGCGAGUACAGCUAGUACGACAUUAGCCCGUGCAGUCGGAAAAGGCGCAGGAGUUGACAAGCACUUGGGACUCGAGGCAAGCUGUUCCUACGCAACACCGUUUUUACCAGCGGGGAGUGCCGGCGGACACAGAAAAGAUCCGCGCGACCAUGAAGAUAAAAGUAGCAACACGAAAGGCCGGAGGACUUUGUUGCAGGAUUUUGACAACGAAAUGGAAAAAGAGGCUGUGGAACCUUCAGUGCGUCACGCCGCCGCGGGCGGAGCGGCUGGUCAGGCAAUAUCAACGAGAUCUUCCUCGAAGGGGGGCAUCACCAUCAAGAAAAAGACCGAUCCUGACGAGGCCGGUGGUAGCUCCUCCGCACAGCAGGUGGACCACACACAGCACACAAGCGCGGCGUCGAGCUCAAGUGCUGAGGACCCGCGGAAAGACGCGCGGACGAAUACCAGCAGUUCCUCCGAGGAUUUUCUGAUGGCCUCCGCAGACCUGCACCACUGCAGCAAGCGGCAGGUGAAAAAACGGGCGAGCAACGCGAUGAGCAAGCAGCUGAAUGGGAAGCAAAUGCAAACCGGGGUGGACCCGAGCAAGUCCGAGCCCUUCGGCGGCGACAGGUCCAGAAAGAUGAGCAUCGUGUCGCACGAAACGGCCAGUACGGACGGAACCGGGGAGGAGGACGAUCAGUUCCCGCCAGUUAUCGCGAGGAAAAAUGCCACCACCCGCAAAGUUGCAAAAAUUUGUGAUGCGAAGUUUCCAAAUAAAAACUUUUUGUCAUGCAUGAAAGGAGUGCGAACCUUUCUGAUGCAGAGUCUAGGCGUGUAAGUAUCGCAUCGCUUGCAUGACAAGCGCCGCUUUUGCUGGAGGGAUCUUUUGCAAUGCAAAUUUUUGCUAUUCACGAUCGGGAAUCUGUGAUGCUGAGAGAUGCAAAAGGGCGAGUGUUUCACUUUGAAAGGUUUGCAAUACAAAUGCUUCCACGUUCGGGGGUGGGGGCGUUUUUGAUUGCAAUACCAGUGGACGGAAAUGUGACGGUUGGCAAG